AUGUCAGCUGGGGAUUCUUCCCGGAAAACCCUGGAAGUGGAGAGCUACCACACAAGAUUCAGUGCCUGGACACCUUUUAGCAACAAGUCAUUAAAUAGACAGCUUUUUCAGGAAAGAGUUGCUCUUGUAAGUCAUUGGUUUGACCUCUGGACUAACAAGCAACGUCAAGAAUUCUUAUUCACGAUUUUUUUACGAUGCAGUAAAUCGCAGUUAAGGUUUGUCCAAGACUGGUUUUCAGAGAGGAUACAAGUGGCCAAAGUGGAUUUCUCUACAGUGUUACCACGCUUCAUUUCUCUGUAUAUCUUUUCCUUCCUGAAUCCAAAAGAUUUGUGUGCAGCUGCUCAAGUCAGCUGGUCAUGGAAGUUUUUAACUGAACAGGUUUACUACUUGUCACUUCCUAAGGAGUUAUUCAAAGUUCGACCCCCUUGGGUGAGUGGAACAUGCUGCUCUAGUUUGUCAAAACCCAAAUGCCAACCACGCCUCUCCCAGACUGUGAGAGAACGAGUGGGAUUACACGAAGCUUUAGAGAAACAGCUUGUUUUGGCAUCAUUAGAAGCCUUGCCCAAGCGCCUGCUUUAUCUCGUAGAAAAAGCUCUGGAUGGGCGGAAGGCACAGAGCGUGGGACUCUUCAGCGAUGGAGAUAGCAGGGAAAUCAAUUUACUCCAAGGCUAUAAAAUUGGUAUUAAAAAUUUGCUGAGGCCUGACGUGAGAAACUUCUGGGAGAAAUUAGGAAGUUAUGUGGCUACUGAGGAAGAAGGAGGUCAUGUGGACAUCUUUGUGCCCCUUGGAGCGUCAGAGGCAGGAAUGGAAGUUCUUUCUCAGCUGGCUCAACUAACUGGCACGUUCUUUACCGCCCCCACUGGGAUUGCAACUGGCUCUUACCAACACAUUCUCAGUGACUGGCUGGGCCCCCCGAGGGAAAGGGCGCCCCCUUCCGUCUACUUCAGCCAAGCGAAGCUGCAGACGUGGUCCAGCCUCACAGACCUCCUGGAAGACACCUUGAAAUCAGUCAGGAAACAGGUAUCUCCUCUCUUCAAGGAGCUGCAGAAGAGCAUCAGUGGCAGGAUGAUAGGGCAGCUUAUGUUUGAUACCAUGGGCAUGGCCCACGUGCUGAAUAACCAGGAGACUGCACAGGCUCUGGCAGAUGGGCUGAUGGAGCUGUCGAAAGAAGGUUCUGAAGGAAACAUCACAGAAGACAAUUCUCAGGACCCAAAGUCAAGUCUCAGCAAAAAUGAUCUAAAUCUUGAAGCGCUGGUGAAACUGGAGAGGAAACUCCAGAUGGACUCAGCAGAAAAGCGAACUAGAGUGGUCAGGGAACUCUUACAGAGCGAGAGAAAAUAUGUGCAGAUGCUGGAAAUUGUGCGAGAUGUUUAUGCAACGCCACUGAAAGCAGCAUUGUCAUCCAACAGAGCCAUUCUGAGUGCUGCAAAUAUCCAGAUCAUUUUCUCUGAUGUUCUGCAGAUUUUAAGUCUCAACAGGCGGUUUCUAGACAACCUGAGAGACAGACUACAGGAAUGGAGCCCUGCUCACUGUGUGGGAGAGAUAGUCAUGAAGUUUGGAAGCCAGUUGAACACAUAUACCAAUUUCUUCAACAAUUACCCUGUUGUUCUGAAAACUAUCGAGAAGUGCAGAGAAAUGACACCAGCAUUCCGAGCUUUCCUCAAGAGGCACGAUAAGACUGUUGUUACCAAGAUGUUGACCCUGCCGGAGCUGCUUUUGUACCCAUCCCGAAGAUUUGAAGAAUACAUUAAUCUUCUCUACGCCCUGAGGCUUCACACUCCUGCAGAACACGUCGACCGUGGGGACCUGACCACUGCAGUUGACCAAAUCAAAAAAUACAAAGGUUAUUUAGAUCAGAUGAAGCAGAACAUCACUAUGAAGGAUCAGCUGUCAGAUAUACAGAGAAUCAUCAGGGGGUGCCCCACUCUGUCAGAAGUAAACAGGUAUCUGAUUAGGAUCCAAGAAGUAGCCCAACUUCACUGCUGUGAUGAGGAGAUAAGUUUCUCUUUAAGGCUCUAUGAACACAUCCGUGAUCUCAGCCUUUUUCUCUUCAAUGAUGUACUGCUUAUUUCUAGUCGGGGCACAUCUCAUACUCCAUUUGAAAGGACUUCAAAAACCACCUACCAGUUCAUUGCAUCAGUGGCCCUUCAUAGGAUAUUUGUAGAAGAUAUUCCAGAUUCCAAGUAUGUCAAGAAUGCAUUUAUUCUUCAAGGUCCAAAGCAUGAAUGGAUUUGUGCUACAGAGGUAGAGGAUGAUAAGUUCCUAUGGCUGUCAGUACUCCAAAAUGCAAUCAAAAGUAGUAUGGAGAAGUAA